CGUCAGAUUGUGUGAGUCGGGGCUGGGCUGGGAAACGGGAGCAGCUGGAAAAAACAUGUAACGGUGCGAGGUACGCUGCACCUCCUCACGACAUUCCAUACUGAGACCCAGUCACCUAAAGAGACCAACUCCCAUCCAUCAUAUUGGGACUGUUUCGGGUGGAGGGGAAGGCCUAAUCCCUCACCUUCAUUAGGCCCCCCAGCCAUGGACAAACAAGGAGCUGUGAAUACACCAGCCAAAGCCAGCGGGCUAAAGCCCCCCAGUAAAAUAGUCCGUCCCUCUGGGGUUCCAGCACGGACGUCACCAUCAUCUGGUACCUCAAAGCCAGUUCCUCCUGAGAAGUCCUCUGUCAGCGUCACCUCCCCAGUCCAAGAUGGAAACACAGACUUUAAGAUUGGAGAGCGGGUCUGGGUCAAUGGCAACAAGCCUGGCUAUGUGCACUUUGUUGGAGGCACGCAGUUUGCUCCCGGCCAGUGGGCGGGCAUCGUGCUGGACGAGCCGAUCGGGAAAAACGAUGGCUCGGUGGCUGGGGUUCGGUACUUCCAGUGUGAGGAUGGGCGGGGGAUAUUCACGCGGCCUUCAAAGCUAUCCAAGACUGCGUUGCCAGAGAAGGAGACGAAUGGGGGCCAGGCCAGCCCAGCACAAGGAGUCUCAGCAGCAAGUGAGACUACACCUGCGGGCACUGCUUCAGCUGCUCCAGGCACCGGCAUAAAGACGGGUGGAGCACUUAACCGAAUGCUGACAUCCAGCGAGUCAGUGUCCAACCUCUCAGACCCAGAUUCCAUGAAGAAGAACAGAAGGGAGCUAAGGCUGGGAGACCGAGUGCUAGUUGGUGGUACCAAAGCAGGAGUGGUGAGGUUUCUUGGAGAGACAGACUUUGCUAAGGGCGAGUGGUGUGGAUUUGAACUAGAUGAACCUUUGGGUAAGAACGAUGGCGCCGUCGCUGGAACCAGGUACUUCCAGUGCAUGCCCAGGUAUGGCCUGUUUGCUCCAGUUCAUAAGGUGACCCGAAUUGGUUUCCCCUGUACCACCCCGACCAAGGGAAAGAGUUCACAGAGGAGGUCCCUUCUCAAGAGAAGCCCCAGUGCUUCCUCCAUCAGCUCCCUCAGCUCUGCCACCUCCUCAGUCAGUGGCAAACCUAGCCGAGCAGGACUGCUGACAGAGACGUCUGCUCGGUACGCACGUAAGAUUUCAGGCACCACAGCCCUGCAGGAGGCACUGAAAGAGAAGCAGCAGCACAUCGAGCAGCUGCUGGCAGAGAGGGACCUGGAGAGGUGCGAGGUUGCAAAAGCAACCAGCCAUGCAGGAGAGGUGCAGCAGGAGCUGGCUGUGCUGAGGAAAUGCCGGGAUCAGUAUGCACUGGAGAUGGAGGCCAAGCUGGAUCAGUUGCGGUCGAUGGUGGAAGCAGCAGAUAGAGACAAAGUGGAGCUAGUGAACCAGCUAGAGGAGGAGAAAAGGAAAGUGGAGGAUCUGCAGUUUCGAGUAGAAGAGGCAUGUAUCACCAAGGGAGACCUCGAGACGCAGACCAGGCUGGAGCAUGCCCACAUAAAGGAGCUUGAGCAGAGCCUGCUCUUUGAAAAGACCAAAGCUGAAAAACUCCAGAGGGAUUUAGAGGACACUAGGGUGGCCACGGUGUCCGAGCGCUCCAGGAUCAUGGAGCUGGAGAGGGAGGUGGCAGAUCUCCAGCUCAGGCUCCGGGCGUCCCAGCAGAAGGAGGAUGCUGCGUCUCUGUCACAGCAACAGAUCAGCAGCCUCAAGGCACAGGCUCAGUCUCAGGAGAAAAAGAUCAGUGAGCUGAGUGUCGACCUGGAGAGCAAACAGAAAGAGCUUCAGUCUGUGCAGCAGGAUAAGACCUCUUUGGAACAACAGCUAACCAGCCUGAGAGAAAAGCUAAAGACAGCUGAAGAGGAGAACAGGAAGGCCACAAAGACCAUGCAAGAACUGGAACAGAGUGUGGAGCACUCAAAGAAAGAAUACCAGACUCUGAAAGAGGAGACUCAGUGCAGAGAGAAAGAGCUGAGAGCCCAGCUGACACAGGCCGCAGAGAAGUCAGAGAGGACGACCCUUGCACUGGAGCAGUUGACCCUUGAGAAUAGGACACUGGAGACACAGCUUGAGGCGUUGAAACAGCAGAACUCCAAAUACCAGGAAGAGCUCAGUCUGUCAAAAGAGCGGAGCAGCUCCGAAAACCAGCGCAUUGGAGUCCUCUGCAAGGAAAUUGAGGAGCUGAAGCUGGCCUCCCACAAGUCUCAGCAUCUUGAUGAGCACAGUGAGGAUUACAGCAGUCAACAACCAGACAUGAAGACCAGAGAAACUAUCUCUAAUCAGGAAACAGAGGGGGAUACAAACUUCCAGAAAUCCACUGGAGCCUUAAUCUCAGAGAAGGACCGGGAAUUGGAAACACUGAGGAAUGAGAUCGCGGUGCUGCGAGGAGAAAACGCGAUGGCCAAGACCCUGCAGUCAGCUGUGGAGACACUAGAGAGAGACAAAGCUCAGCUGCAAAGUCGUGUUCACAGUCUAGAGCAAAGGCUUGUAGGAGCACAAGCAUCAGAGGGAGGAGACAAGGAACUUCCACCCUCUGGUGAUGCAGUUCUGGACCAGUUAAGGGAAGAGAAGGAGUUUGCAGAGGGACAGAUCAACUUCCUGAACAGUGUGAUUGUGGACCUGCAGAGGAAGAACGAGGAGCUGAAGAUCAAAUUGAAGAAGCUCGCUUUGUCUGAGUUCAAUGGUAACGAUGGGACUGAUGGGUUUGAUGAAGGCAUAUCAAAGCGAGAAAAGAAGGCGACCCCGCGUCUCUUCUGCGAUAUCUGCGACUGCUUUGACCUCCACGACACAGAGGACUGCCCCACUCAGGCCCAGAGCCCAGACUCUGUACCUCACACCACCUACCACGGCAACCCAGCCGUCGAAAGGCCCUACUGUGAUAUCUGCGAGGCCUUCGGACACGCCACGGAGUCCUGCAAUGAUGAUCAGACCUUCUAGAGGCUCCAGGUGUUUGAUUCUCCUUCCCCUUCAUCUUGCUUCCUCUAUAAACAUAUUUCAUCCUUUUCCUCUCCUGCUUCAAUUCCCACAGUCCGACCCAACAUGCCUGAAUAUAGCCACUGCAAAUUUUUCCAUAAUGUAUUUUUAUACUGUAUUUAUGCAUAUCACUAGCAGCCACUGUCCUGAUUUAAAUCCUUUACCCUGCAGCUCCAUCCUGUGAACAUAAACUUUUCUGACUUCUGUCAUGCAGAAUGCUCGUCCAAAUAUGCUGCUUUGGUGCAAUAUUGAUGUUUAUAACGAAAGGAAUCCGUCCUCUGCACUUGUCGUUUUUAACGUGUUGUUUUGCAUUUAAGUUUUUCUAAAUAUCUUAGGCUGUAUUUGUUGAUUGUCAACAAAGGGAAGCACAGUUUUUAAUGAAGGGAAGAUAAAGCACCGCUCCACAUCACAGAGCUCAGUGUGUGAGUGAUACUGCCAUUUCUGUUUUGUUUUUUUUAUGUUUUAAUAUUGUAUUUUAUAAAGUCCAUUUUUAGUAUAUCAACUUACAAAGGGGAUUAAGGCACAAUUUUACAAGGAAAGGUAAUAUUUUGGGGGAAAAAAAUUCGCAUUUUUAGCAAAAAAAAUAAAAUAAAAAUAAAGUCAUAAUAUUUUGGGGGAAAAGGCAGUGAAAAUAACAGAAAAAAAAAUCCAUGUACAUCUUCAUCAAUAUGUGGCGGAGGUACAGCGCCAUUUUUAAAUCACCUGUUAUUGAUCACAUGACCAAACCCAUAAGAAUAAUAUCCAAUCAGAACCACGUCUUAAGUCAAACAGUUGAUUAAUAAAUAAAGUCAUACAUUUUGCCCUGGAAUAAGUCUGAAAGGUUGGUGCUUCGAAAGACAAAAAUGGAAACUGAUGAUUAAAAACAAGGGAAAAAAAGAAAGAAUGACAAAUCUAAAUGCCAAAUAACAAAUAGAAAGGAAGAUAUUCAUGAUGUCUCAGGCAAUAUCUAACAAUAAAAAUCUUAAUGCAGUUAGUUAGGCAGAUAUCAAACUUACUUACCUAAUAAACCACAAUGUGUCACAUAUGAUAUCUACUAUAAAAAAAGUUAUUCAUCUAUGAUGCACCAUAUACAAUAUCAAGAGAACCCCUCAAUAAAAGGUCUUACUCUGCCAUCGGGUUGCUCCACCAUCAUCAAGUAUAAGAAAACCUUUAAGGAGGCACCUGCAUUAUUAGAUGCAGUAAAUGUGAUGAAUAUUAAAUGACCCACAGAAUAAGGUGCAGGAACCAUGGAAUAUUAUUACUAAGUUCUUAUACUUUUAACUAUCAUCCUUGGUAUGAUUCUUGAAAUACUGCAUCAUUGUAAAAAUGUUUACAUUUUAUAUUCUCAAAAUAUUACAACUUUUUCAAGAAAUAAUUUGGCUGUAUUUCAAAUCUUCUACAAACACCUUUCAUUAAAGCAUUUCUUAAAUAAUUUACUUUCAUAAUAUCACAUAUUUUAAGGCACAUUUUUCCUCAGACUAUUGCAAUUAUAUUAAAAUAUUAACAUUUUUUCUUAACUUUAUUCUCAUGUUAUGACCCCUGUUCUAAAAACAUGACCACUUUUAUCUUUAGGUGUUAUGACUCAUUUCUCAUAAUAUUUAAUAAGAUUUUUUCCUAAAUUUAUCACAGAUUUCUUAUUGAAUUAUUUCAGUUUAAUAUUCAAUAUAUUUUUGACUUAGUGUUUUAAAUAUUUUUCAGGACCCUAGUUGUAGUAAUAACCUAAAUACUUAAAAUGUAAAUAUUUUCUCACAUGGAUAUGGUUCAUUCUUGACUUUGGAAAUUGUAGUUUCCCCCCAAAAUAAUAAUAAUAAUAACAAUAAUAAUGAUUCCAGGUCCUUCUUUCAAAGCUUUUAACUCCCAUCUCAUGUGUUUAUUUGCGCACAUCCUUUUUUUUUUAGAAUGAAGUUUCUGUGCUUAACCAAACACCAUAACAAGGUCUGUUUAUUAACUGCUCUGGAGCUUUUCAUUAUAAUGUUCUUAUUUCUAUGAACCUCUUAAGGACCCCCCCCUUCCCGAGUUGGUUUAAAAAGGUUACGAAUUAAUGUUUGCCUACAACUUCAAAAGCUACAGAACACCUACUAAAUAGACCUCGUGGUUCGAUUUCUUUUGCCAGCAGCUUUUUUUCCAAGAUCACAAACAAAUACAUUUUGUCUAUUUAACUUCCCACAGGUUGAUGUCUUUGAAUGAUGCAGUGGAGGUUACUGAGGAUUUGUCGCAGUUAAUUAUGAAGUUGUUUUCUGUUAUUUAUUGUCUGGUCUUUUACUAGCCAGUGACAUCUGUACAGGGAAAUAAGCUAGCACUGAUUGAAGGUGUAUAGUCUGUACAAGGACUACUGUAGUAUGGGUGGGCUUUUGAAAUGCAUCUGCCUCCUUUUACAGGAACCUGCCCGGAUGAAGCUCCAGAAGCCUCUAAUUACUUAGCUUUGCACUGUCCACUUUAAAGUUUCAGCAAAUGUAUGUUUUCUUUACGAUUCUCAAGGUAUUUAAAAGUUAUUUAAUCGAGGAGGACGGUGCCGAUUAAUGAGCACUCUUUCAUACAGCCCUCUUUAAAGGUACUUUUUGUAAUUACCCUCUGCAGUAUUUAACAAAAACUUACAGCACCAAGGUCCAACGUUUGAUCAGUAGGUGUGCUGAAAAUGAGAAUGUGCUCUUAAUUACUUGCUUGGUUAAGUAUAGGUUACACUGGCUGCUUGUGUAGUUGAGCAGGCGACCAUUUGCAGAGGCCUGGGUUCGAGUCUGCCCCAGACUGUUUUCUGCGUGUCAUUCCCCUCACUCUCUCCCUGCUUUCCUGUCUACUCUCUGUACUGUACUAUCUAAUAAAGGCCGAUGACAAAUGCCAAAAAUAUAUCUUAAACAAAUAUACAUAUCUGUAGGUUACACUGACUCACUGCACCAUCUUGUUGUACAAAUUGGUAGUACACAAAGUAUAGCCCAGCCCUAGUUCAACUUUAGUUUUCUCUUCAACAGAAUGCACAGAUGUUUUAGAAAUAAAGUCACAACAAUCGUUUCUUUGCAUUUUCUUUUGUGAAGAACGAUUUUGAAAAGGAAUUUACAACAAGUACCUUUAAAACUACAGUUUGACAUUUUAGUAAUUGCGCUUUUUUGCUUUGAAAGUUGGAUGGCACUGUCUGCUGAAGUCUACUCAACUCAAUCACAAGUAGAAGCAUUCAUCAAGUCAACUGUACUUUGUCAACUGAGAAUAAACAAAUGAAAAUACACCAUUUUUUUUAAAGUCACUUUACGAAAGUAAACUUCCAACACGCUUGCAUCUAGAGAUUUGGCACAUGAAUAAAAAACAUUCACUGUGAGCAUGUUUACCAGAGGGCAUGUGUAACUCCUGUAUAACCUGUUUUUUUAGAACUCUUUUUCCGAAUUAAAAAAAAUGAUUUUUGUUAAAAACACUAUGCCAGAAGUAACAACAACUGGAGUUAUUUGUUUAGAAUGCACUGAAGAGUAAAAAAGGAAGUGGCAAGUUUAAAAAAAAUGGUCCAGUCAUUCUGUAAUCCACAGCCUCAAAAUACAUCAUAAAAGCACAUGUUGACACAUAUGGACAUUGAAGUAAUCCUGUCAUAUAGUGAAUAUUGUGACUCUAAGCACAAUAAACCAAGGAACAGCAGUGACAGGGUCACAGUGAGGUGGAUUUCUGUGCAUUUCUAAUGUACAGCUUACUGUGUGCUCAGCUUAAAGCUACAUCAGGUUAGCUUAGCACAUAUUCGAGAAACACUAGUGUCAUUAUAAACAAUCCUUCAUAAAGAAACAAAUUGCCUCUUUUUUUUUUUCUUUUUCAAACAUUUUUUGUACUAUUUAAAGAAACAUGAUAAUAUAAGUGACUGUUUGGGAACUUUAGAGGUGCUACUAUAAGAAUGUUAGUCGUUACCUUUCUGUUUGAAGUCCUUGCUAAGCUAACCAGCUGCCGGCUUUAUCCUGUAGGUCAGAAAGCGACUGAGUGAAUUACCUGAAUUGCCAAACCAUUUCUUUAAAUUAUCCCUGUGUAGCAACUUGUAUUUGACUUCUCUUGUACUAAAGCACAAUUUUGGAUCAUAUUGAAUCUUCCAGUGUAACAAUGUAUAAUAAUACAUGAAGUGACUAACCACUGACCCUAGUCUUUGUAAAUACUAAUCAGAAGUUUCCUUCUGCUAAAUGUGUACACAGUGCCAUGGAAGAAAACAUAGCUUUUAUGUGUACAUCUUAUUUUUUUGUCCUAUUGAUAAGGCUGACAUUGUAUAAGGAGGUUUUCACUCAAGGGGAAACAAUAUUUGUAUAGACUUUAAAACGUUGUUAUAAGUGAUGAGUCUAAUUAUUAGUGUAAUGUUUUAUAUGUAACAAUUUCAGGCACCAUCUCUAAAUGGUUUCAAACCGUUUUACAGAUGUAGAUGUGGUGGACAAUGUCACUGUUUUCUAUGUGCUGUAUACUCCUGAAC